UGCAUUCACCCCCCAUUUGAUAACGUAAUCCUCGCGGGGAGGUCAUUCGGUAAAGCUGACCGUCGCAUCGAAUGACAGUCAGCACACGUUCUUUUCACGUCUAAAUCGGGUAACAAUUUUGCAGGCGAAGGCGUAAGCGGCGCACAAUUAUAUUGAUAUUCGGUCUGGGCACGUGGUGGUGUUGGUGAUAUUGGCGGUUGUUAGUGGCAACCGAAGCCCCCGGCAGCAUCCGAACCCGUUGAUUGGCGUUAAUAGACGCUAAUUGUUGUGCGCCAGCCGUGGUGCGGUGCAAUUGAUUCGCGUAUCGAGAUUAACAUCUGUGACGGACGAACGGCCUGGCCUGAGUUGGUGUGCGCUGGUAAGAAUAGCACACUGGUGUGUGGUCUUUCGGGUGCGCGUCAUACCGACGGCCGUAUUGCGACGUAGGUCGUAAGCGAGCAUUGGAUCGGAAAAAUACGCUAUCUGUGUGCAAAAACCUCAGUGUGUGAGAGUGUUUUGGACCGGAAGAUACGAAAAAUUCCUCCUCCCCCGCGGUCUGUUAGUGUGAGGUGUGCUAUCGUUACGUAUUGUUGGUCGGUGGUGAAGGAAAAACACGACAAAGAACCAGCUUGAGAGUGGCUGUGUGAAAGCGCAACCAUGAAUCACCUGCAAAUAUCAACCGAUCCGACCCUGCUCGGGGCGGAUCUGCUGCCGGAGUCGCUAACGACCUCGCCCUCGGUGUCGACGUUUCUGCCGGAGGAGGACGCCUCGACCUGUCUGCUGCUGCCGGAAACACCGAGCCCACCGCUGGAUUUCUCCCACCCCCUGACACCGAGCAUGGGCAACGCGACGGACAACCAUGUGCGGGACUCGGUCACGGGCGAUGAUGACCAGGCGGCCGAGACGAGCAGCUCGUCGGGUAGCUCGGGCAUCGGGAUGGUCGCACCGGUCGGUGCUGGAGCGGGCAAUCUGUUCAGCCACAACAGCUAUCAGCAUCUGCGCAAGAAGAGCGAUGUGGUGAAGGCGGGCCAGGAUGGGUCGAUGCAUCAUGCGGCCAGUUUGGGGAUUGCGGUUACGAAGGAUAUGCCCGGGUUUGUGCACUGGAACUGGCCGUUGAUAAGGAAGUGUACGUUUUUCGUGUUUCUGGCGCUAAUCGUUGCGAUGGUCGGGAUUGUGGUGGCCAUGAUCGCCACCCUGCCAAAGUCGUGCAAUCCUCCCGCCACCUGGUACAAAGGAUCGGUGUUCUACGAAGUGUUUCCCGCCAGCUUUCAGGACACGAACGACGACGGUCUCGGUGACAUCCGCGGUCUGAUUGGACGUGCAGAGUACUUCAAAACGCUCGGCAUAGGUGCGGUACGGCUAAACUCGAUCUUUCCCUCGAAACACUAUCCGGACCACUUCCAGGAAGUUACCUCGCUACUGGAUGUGGACGAAGUGCUCGGCAAGGUGGAGGACGUACAGAAGCUGGCAGCCACACUGCACGAGCGCAACAUCUCGCUCGUGCUGGACCUACCCAUUCACCCGUUCCUGGAGCAUCUUAGCCCACCGACGAUCGAUCUCGAUCGGCUGCCGAACCGCACCGACGGUGAUAUGAUCACGAGCGAAUUUCUGCGACUGUCCCGCUCGAUCACAACGAAGCCAGAGUCCGGUACGGUCGUGUCCGACGUGCUUCGCUUCUGGCUAACGCGCACCGGUGUGGAUGGGUUCUACGUGAAGGGUCUCGAGCACUUUGCCGACGAUCCGCUGCUGGUGGAGAACGUGAAGGAGUGGAAGUAUCUGCUCGGCCCCGAUCGUAUACUGAUGGUGGGACAGAAGUUCGUUGAGCAGCUGCCCGAGCGCACUGUGCGCGAUGUGCUGUCGCAGGUGGAUCUGGUGGAUGUGUAUCUGGACGUGAGCAAUGGUACGGAUGGGAUAGCGAGCACGGUACAGGAUGCGAUCCAGGGCCGGCUGUUGCGUGAUGUCGACCACCCCUGGAUACACUGGAGCCUUGGCAGUGUGUCCGAGCGUCGACUUACGUCCGGUCUUAGUCCGAACGCGACCCUAGCUGCUACACUGAUGGAGCUAACGCUACCCGGUACGCCCAGCAUCUUCUAUGGGGAUGAAAUUUCACUCGAAGAAGCAAACGAUCCGAAGGGAGAACAUGUCGAUACGCAGCAUCUGCAUCAUCUGGCCGCCAUGGUGUGGGACAGUGCACAGAAUCAGUUCACAAGCCGCGGUUCGUUGCCAUGGCUUCCGCGCAGUGCUUCCGCUUCGCUGCACCAUCUGGACUACGUGAUUGAAGCGAUCGCGCUGCGGAAACGAUCACCCUCGAUCUACCAGAACGCGGUCGUCAAGGAGGGACAGAUGCUACCGAACACGGAUAUCAAAUCGAACCAGAACGAAAUCCUCGUCAUACAGCGCUGGUAUCCACGGCGGAACUCGUUCGCUACGGUGGCAAAUCUGGGCCCGAAACGGGUCUCGCUCGAUCUGACGGCCAUGUUCUACAGUGGAGAAAUCGUGGCAGGAUCAUCGCUAAAGCACGAGCGUGUUUACUUCGAUCGGUUUGAAAUAAACCCUCUGGAGACGAUUGUGGUGAAGCUACACAAAUAAGCCACGUGUUGAUGUGGAUUUUAAAGCAACGAUGAUCCCUCCGUCGCUCUGUUGUCGAUCCAGGAAUCGGAAUCGAGCCUGCUUCUUGGUCCCUUCGAUGUUAUCCUCCCAACCCAGUUAGACCAUAACUUUUUAUCUUUCUUUCUCCAUGAUCCUCCUCCGCCCAUAGUUCCGCAGUUAGUGCCCAACCAUGGCAUUAGUCAGUGUGUCAUUAUGCAGUGUUGCUUCGAGUGCGGGUUCGCAAAAAGAAAAAGAAAAAAACGCACGACCACCAUAAAUGUUGAAUUGUAUUGUUUCAUUAGAUCUCUAGAUUUUAUUUGCUGGUUUGCUGGUUGCCUAUCUAAACAUCUAAACUACACUAUUAAUAAUAAUAAUUGUAUAUUGAAAGUUUGUUAAUAAAAGAAACAAACGCAUA